AUGGUGAACACGCAUUACGGAUACUCGAGGACGAAUUCCAAUAUGGUCAUGGACGGGAUUCUUUGGCAGCCCGGCGUCUGGAGGAGAAUACCAUGGAGGACCGUGGGCUCCUUCACCGGAUUCAUGGUGACGUGCGGCAUGAUGGCCCUCGUUCUUGCUCUGUCGGAGGACCAAGAAACAAACCAGUGGCCGACGCACAACAAAUACUUCACCGUUCCCGUGCUCCUGUCUCUUAUGGGCGCCAUUGCUGUUCUGUUCCUGUCGGUCGCAAACUCGGAAGGAUUCGCAAUCUCGUGGUGGCUCAAGGCUCUUAAGGGAACGAAGAUCAAGGAGCUUCACUAUGACCUCGAGGUCACUGGUAACCUGCUGGUCGGCGUCUUCAGACCGACCCUGUUCAACGUUAUCACCAUAUCAUCUCUAGUUUCUCUUAUAGUGAGCAUCGCCGUCGGUGCUGUGCUGCAGAAGGCCUCGGACACUACGAGCAAGACGAUUGGGCCGUACCCGGACCACAUCGAUAUACCUGUCCUGAACACAACCCUGCCGUCCAACUUUAGCGGCUGGGCAGGUAGCGGAACCGAAACCUCGUUGCUGAUGCCGACUUUCGCCUAUGUGUUCAAGCAGUAUUCGAAUCACAGCAUCAUCACAAUGCCAUCUAGCUGUGUCAACAAAACUUGCCAGGUCCAUAUCGCUGCGCCGGGCUUCGAUGUCGACUGCAGGGACAGCACGGUCAGCUAUGAUACUGGUAACAUGGCAUCAGCCAGAGGCGAUAAGCUCACGACGUUUCGGACGAGUGUCGACUGGGAGCCAUCACAGGAUCCGGCUGCCCUCAACCAUAUGAACCUUUCGAUCCUGUACAAACCCACAAGUGCAUGUGCUGGGAAGAUGCAGCAGCAUAAUUGCACCCUACGAGCCGCUGCGGUCGAUUACACAGUGACUAUUACUAACGGAAGUGUUACAUUGCAGCCCUGGGAUAUCUCUCAAAACACCACCAUUAGCAUCACCAACUUCACCAGCUGGCUGGAGCUGGGCUCGGGAAGUGUCGGGGCCGGAGGAUUUCUGACCAUGUUUGGGGGCCUCGCCUCUGUUUUACAGGCGCAGUACAACUCGAAUACAACGCUCAAGCUCGGAACCAUGACCAACACACCGUUUAUAGUGACCGCUUUUGGACAGGCGGCAAGCACAUUUCUAACAUCAGAGAUUGAAGACUAUGGCAAUUGUACCAUGUCAUGGUCAGAUCCCAGGGAAGACAUGAUCAACAACAUCCGCGAGCUCAUGUUCCGCAGCGCCCUUGCCGUGGCAAACUCGACCGGAGCGCCGCCCGUCAAGUUCAAGCAAGCAGAAGCGCUCGUGACGAGAAUAGGAAUAGUGUAUAGGGCUCACUGGAACUUCUUCGGCAUCGCGAUUGGAUGCAUGUUUUUCCAGCUCUUGAUUAUCCUCUACCUCAUCUGGGGCUGGCAGAAGCUGGGUAGAGAAGUCUCGCUUGAUCCAUUUGAGAUUGCAAAGGCUAUGGGUGCGCCGCUGCUGAAUCAUGGAUCUUCGAAUAGUUCGGCAGAUCAGAUUCUGGAUCUUCUCGGUAGCAGAAAGGUGAAAUAUGGUGAAUUGGUUGAUGGAGAGCCCAAGGUUUCGGGAGGGACUGCAGUACCCAAGAAUGGCUAUACCCUAGUUGACAGUAACGAUCCGGAUAUCGCGAUGGGUAACCUUCAAGCUCGAAACACUGAGUUGAGCUUGACCACGAGGAAAACGCUGGGUCUUGACGUGGUGGACAAGGUGCAGGAUGUGAGACUUGGGGUGCAUUAUUAG